AUGCCAUCGCCGAAAACCAUAGUUAUUGUAGGUGGAGGUCCACGAGGCGUUUCCGUUCUCGAACGCCUUGUUGCUAUUCUUAAUUCAAGACGUAAUGUUGAAGAAUUAACCAUCAAAUUGAUUGAUAGGAUCCAGCCUGGAGCAGGAGCUAUUUGGGAGACGUCACAAACAAGAGUAUUAUGUAUGAACACCCUUGCCGAUGCAGUUACUCUCUUUACUGAACCAGGAUCUACAAUUUCAGCUCCAAUUGAGCCAGGACCAACACUUUAUCAAUGGAUCAAAGCAACAUUGUAUAAAUCAUAUAAUGAUGAUCAAAAUAUUCUUACCAGUUUUGCUGAGGAACUUCAUGAAUUGCGUCCAGAAUCACAUCCAAGCAGAGCUUUGUACGGUGAAUAUAUUAAUUGGUUUUACAACAAAGUAAAGGCAAAAAUCCCAUCAUUUGUACAUUUUGAAGAAAUCAAAGCAAUUGUUCAAAAAAUUGA